CCCUCCCCCCUUACUCUCGCUCAACAACUAAGGCCAUCGAGAAAGCAGGUAUAAAGCUACUCUAUUUUUCUAAACUUUUUCAAGGGCCUUGUUCUGGAUCUUACUUGUAUUUGCAUGUACUUUUUGGAAAUAUUUUCAGUGCUUUCCUCUGUGUGUUUUCCUAGUAGGUUGAGCUUUGUUUUUGUUUUGUUUUUCUCAACCCUUUACCUUCCCUCUUUUGUGAAAAUGUGGUUUACGGAUUUGAAGGUUGGGUUCCUGUAGUACAGCAUCAUUUUGUAGAAGUAUUAAACAUGGAUUAGAGAAGAACUUGUCCAGAGGGACUGUUGAGUUCUGCCUAUUCAGUAAUCACUCCCACACUGGCCUCAUUUACCCCUACCACUCUUUUACAUUAUGUUCUUAUCCAGAGUAACUUGGGUUAAGUGCCUUGCUCAAGGGCACAUCAACAGAUGUUUCACCUAGUCGGCUUGGGGAUUUGAACCAGCAAACUUUUGGCUACUGGCCCCACACUCUUAACCACUAGGCCAUCCCACUCUUCCACUUAAUGGUGUGUGAAUGUGAUUAAUGUAGCAUGUUAUUUGAUGGGACUAACAGCUGUCAUCUUUUAGGUGACGAUUUUGGAUUGGCGAGGCCAGAGCCUUCCUCCAGGACAGCCAUGGAGCGCAGGGGAGUCAGUCAGGAAUCAGAGGCAGGGAAAAUACAUCCUAACCCCCCCUCUGUCACACCCACAGGGGCCAAGGGGAAGAAGGCUCUGAGUGCUAAAUCACACGUCAACAAAAAAGCCAAAACCAAGAUGACAUCUGUUCACGGCUCAGUCGCUGGCUCCAAUGGUUUUAUUCUGCAUAAAAAACAAGCGAGGGCAACCCCUCAAAGGAAAGGUGGUUCACCCCAUGGACUGACCAAAACCCCUCCAACUCCUGCAGACAGUGGUAGAGAAGCUGUUAUAGCAGGGAUCUCAGAUGUACAACCUCCUAGCAAUCCAUCUCUGGUCCCUGCCCCAGCAUCCAGUACACAGUGUGCAUGGAAGACUAUGGGCAAACCUGCCUCCAAUCCAGCAGCACUGAAGGUAAUGUUCAUCCAACCCCAGUCCAUGGUAUUUCAUGCUUUUAAAUGAUGACUGGUGUCUGAACUCAUAAGAGUCUGUUAUGAAGCGUUUAACCAGGGACGGAGCAGAGUCGAGCAUGGAAGUCAUGGGGAUGGAAAAGUCAAUGGCACCUUCCCAAAUCAAGCUACCUCCGAGCUGUAAAGGAAAGAGAGUUGUCUCUACCAAGUCACAGCCAGGUUAGUCGUCUGCCUUGCUGGUAAGACUUCUUCUAUCUACACUGUCUCUUAUGUCCACUCUGUAGUGAUGGCACUUGGAGUUAGUUGGCACCUGUACUAAGUUGGGACUAGUUAUGAGUGACAUACUGUACUUGCCUGCUUGGACCACCUUCUGCCACUUCACCGUCCCUAUGUAUCUGCAGGGUCUAGGAAGAGGAAGAGGAAGAUGGGAAUGUACAACUUUGUCCCUAAGAAAAAAACCAAGGUGUUGAAGGUAAGAGACCCAUCUACUCUAUUGUAAAGAUUUGUGUAGAAAUGCACUGUUGAUGAACUUUGUUUUGCUCUAAUAGUGUCUGAAUGGUUAUCCCCUUCUCUCUGCAGAAAGAAAGCUCAUUUGUAAAGGCAGGGCAAGAAAGCGGCAGGGAGAAGAGAGUAGACCUGACGCACAGAGAGAUUUGUGAAAUAAAAGAAAGCCAAGCACUGUUAGCCAAGCAGUGUGAAGAAAAGGCAACUGACUUAAGCAAAGGAAACAAAAUGGAGGAAGAGGACAGCAGCAGUAAGCAGGAAUACACUGAACUGACUUUAGAAUCGCUGGAUCUGAAAGCCCAAGAGGAGCUGUUCUCUCCUCCUCUCUCAGGUAAGUUUUUAUUUUAUAUUUUUUAUUUUAUUUUUAUUUCACCUUUAUUUAACCAGGUAAGCCAGUUGAGAACAAGUUCUCAUUUACAACUGCGACCUGGCCAAGAUAAAGCAAAGCAGUGCGAUAAAAACAACAACACAGAGUUACAUAUGGGGUAAAAAAACAUAAAGUCAAAAAAUACAACAGAAAAUAUAUAUACAGUGUGUGUAUAUAGUUUACCCAGAGACGAGUUACACAUUGCAUCAUUAGUUAUUAAAUUAUACUUGUACAAUGAUGUACAUUCAAUCUGUUGUUGAUCUGGAUGUAUUCUUUUGCAGGCUUUCCAGUUGAUGGUGAGGUGACAGAGACAGACCUGUCUGAAGAGCUGCCUCUGUGCUGCUGUCGCAUGGAGACCCCAUGCAGUUGGGAGAGCCUGUCCCAGACUGAGCACACCUGCAUGGCCACAGAGAGUGUGGAUGGCCUGGUAAAGCUGACCUGCUCUGAAGCAAACUUUCCCUAGUCUUGCGCACCAGAUUUUCUCCCCAAAGGGUGAAAUAGCCUGGGGAUGAGGUUAACCUUUCCCAGCCUUUGUGUGUUGAGCUAAUGUCUAAACAACCCUUAUUUCUCUGUUUAUUCUUUCUAUCAAUCUCUCUGUUAAUCUCUUCCCUAUAGGUGAGUCGGUGUCAGAGGAGUGUGCUGAAGCAUGAGAUGAUGCGUCCCUCCAACGCAGUGCAUCUGCUGGUUCUGUGUGAGGACCACAGGGCCGGCAUGGUCAAGCACCAGUGCUGCCCUGGCUGUGGCCUCUUCUGCAGGGCGGUAAGUGGAGGGAUACAGCAGGGAUCAACCAAAAUAGACCUGGCAGGCUGGCACACCUGUCCCAUUGCUUUAUGAUACAUGUUCGUUGUUCAUUCUUAAAGCACUCCUUUGCCUUUUAAUAUCUGACUAUUUAAUGUAUGUUAUGCAGGGGAGCUUCAUGGAGUGCAGACCUUAUGGCAGCAUCUCUCACCGUUUCCACCGUGGCUGUGCUUCAGUCAUCAAGGCCCAGAGCUUCUGUCCCCACUGUGGGGAGGAUGCCACCGGGGCCCAGGAAGUCACUGUUCCCAAAACGGUCUCCAAUCGUGUCACUGUCCCCAAAGCUGAACCUGUACUUCCUUCUGUGCCAGCUGUUCCUGCUGUUUACCCUGUGGCCCCUCUUCCAGUUGUGUCCACCAGGCCCCUCAUUCACAGGGCUAAGAAGACCACUGAGCUUGAGAGGAGGCUGGACACCUCCCCCAACAGGCAGUUCAGACUUGACUCUUCCAUUCUCAAUAUUAUCCCCCUCUAUCCUAAUGUGUCUCUUGUAUCUUUUUAUCUCUGCAUUAGUGCUAGCUUGGGUAUUUAGCUUAAUAUGUAAUGCUAAUGAUUGCUGUAUGCUGUUUUGUACUAGCCUGAAGAGGGAGACGUUAGGUGAUGGAGAGGAACCAGCUAAAACAUCACUGGAGAGCAUCCUAAUGGCCCUGGAUGAUGAAAAGUAAAGUUACAAGGGAGCUAUUUUAAAGUCAUUCCUUAAUAAACGUUUAACAAUUUGGAUGAGAUAAUACUAUAUAAUGAACAUAGCAGGUCAUUAUUGUUUCAUGUCAAUGAUUAAUGUAAUAGGCACUCUACCCACCCCACCACACCACCCUCUCUCUUUUGUGUAUAUAGUAUGAGGCCGAAGAAAGUGAAGUAUCACACGAAGCAGCUGUACAUCUCUGCCCAUCACGGAGAGCUCCAGAAAGUCAUCCAUCUGCUGGGUAUUUACACACCACAUCUCUCCAGGGCUACUUUAUAAGCCUAGUUAGUUCCUACAUGGAGGCAGCUCUUCUAAUAUUUUAACUUAAAUGAAAAAGGUGACAGCAACUUAUUUAUUUAUUUUCAUGAAUGAUAUUAAAUUAUAUACUUUAGUGUCCCUGAGGAGAAAGUUGUCAACAUGACUCAAAGGGUAAUUAACAGCUUUGUUCCAGUGGAUGGAAAAGACCCUAACUACCUGAUGGACAGCCAGAACAAGAGGACCCCUCUACAUGCUGCAGCAGCUGAAGGACACCAGGAGGUCUGUCACAUGCUUGUCCAGGUGAGGAGAUGUACUCUGACAUGUAGCAGGUAUUGGCUAUCUUUUCACAAUAUAAUCACUUGGCAUACAAGUGUAGCAGAUGGCUAAGUUAGCUUCGCUACAACAAGAACAUGACUUUGCUUUUCUGGGUCGGUAUUGACUGUGCUUCUUGAGUACGUUGUGUUUACUGUGCAGAGGGUUGAUGUUUUGCGUCCCAGACAGGACAGAAUUUCCACUCUAUUAUACUGUGUAAGCAUACAUGUGGGAAAGGUUUCUGAUUCCCCAUCCCCCUUAGGCUGGAGCUAACCUGGACACGUUUGAUGAGGAGCAGAGAACCCCCCUGAUGGACUCCUGCGAGAACAACCAUCUGGACACAGUCAAGUACCUGCUGAGGGCCGGGGCAGCGCUCAGCCAUAAGGUCAGUGUGUGGAGCAUAGCUCAUUGAUCACCCCAUGGAUAGGCCAUGAUCUUCUGUUAACCCAACCAGCAUUGUUACCGUUCAUAUAAUCUUCCGUGGGCAGAUUCUGUGUGUAGACCGAGAGAAUCUGCCAGGAAUUAAUGGAAUGUGUGAGAUCCGAGCAGCAUUAGUUCAGUUUAUUUAUUUUUUGUCACUGGUUAUUUGAACAUAUUAGGAUUGGGGAAGGCGGUGCUUAAACUGUUAUGCGCGUGUGCCCACACGGAUUGGAGGGGGAGGGGGGAGUUUCCUUUUGCGAGGGUGGAGACUUUGUUUUUGCAAGAACUCUCAAUUUCUAACACAUAAGAAUACAGAAAUUAAUCAUGCAGCUGACCAAAUUACGCAAAAUUGACAAGACCUUCGCUAAAUGAGCUGGUUUUCUGGUGUACUGUAGAUGGAAAGUGAUCAAACUAUUUUAAGUCCAUGACACGCUCACGUCUUAAACUAUUAACCAGAUACUGUAGCAGCUCAAGAUCUGUGCUUCUUUAAAUAGUAAUUAAUAAAAGGAGUGACUAACAUUUUGAUUUUGAUCUUCUUCUCCUGUCAGGAUAUCAAGGGCUCAACCUGUCUGCAUUUGGCUGCUAAACUGGGACAUUAUGACGUAGUUCAACAUCUCCUGUCCAAGGCAUCCAAGCAGGUCAACUGUCAGGUAUGUACCUAUCCAUGCUCUGCUCCCUCUUCUACUGACAGGUUCUGUUGACAUUUUAACUGCUUAAUUCAAACCGCCACUCUUUUAUCCAUCCAUAAUUCAUGUGUACUAUCAGCAAGGGUUUGGGAGGAUGAGUUGGAGGUCAGUGCAGUUGGAAGUCAGCCCAGUUCAACAGUGCCUAUUAGGAUGUUAAAUAUGUUGUGGGUAAUAUUAAAUGGAUUGUAAAAGUCCUGACCUUAACAGGAAAGAGAGACUGAGAUUGCUCCUAUCUGUUAUCAUGAUUCCAGGGGAUUUACCAUGUUUUGCCUUUCAUUUUAAUGCCUACAAACUGUUAGUAAAUUAAUGCCUUUUCACAUAGUGUGUACAAUAAGAGAAUCUACAGCCACCUUUUUAGAACCAUUGGUAAAAGCAUACCUCCAAAUAUUCAAAUGGGUAGCAGAGUUCAAAGCAGCGAUUGGUUGUGCUUUGUUUCAGGAUGACGGUGGGUGGACCCCCAUCACCUGGGCUAUAGAGUACAAGCACAGAGAGCUGGUCCUCCUGCUGCUCUCCAGAGGGGCUGAUGUUAACAUCCGAGACAAGGUCAGUACUGUAUAGGACGCAUACUGUUCAUCACAUCUCAUCGCAACACUUUACACCUACCUUCUGUUCUCACACCUCUUACAGCCUGGGGAGGGGAGGCUAGACCCAGGCAAGGUUACAGUACUCACUGACAAGUGGGAUGGAUCCCAUGGGGUGCAUGUGUUUCACCUACAGUACAUGGUGUAAUCCAAGUUAAAGGGAUGUUUCGGAAUGUCACCUUGGGAGCAUACUUACUAGUCCACUAACUAUCUUGAGGAAGAAACGACUUAACUCAUAGCAAUAACUAUUGUAUGUUUGAAAAAGGAGAACAUAUCAAUUGGUCUGUAUGAGGAUAAUUUCUUCCUCAGACAUUUGUAUACCGUAGGUGACAUACCUGUAUAUUGUUACGCUUGACAUAAAUGCCUAAAAAACUGAAACAUUUGCCUUCAAGAUAGCUUUUAGAUGUUGCGCUUUCUCUGUGGUGUUUGGGGAAGGUAUUCCUCCUGGCUAUGUUUUCCACGUUGACCUAUGACCCCUGUCCAGGAAGAGAACAUUUGCCUCCACUGGGCAGCCCUGUCUGGCUCCGAUGACAUUGCUCAGAUCCUGCUUGAUGCCAGAUGUGACCUCCAUGCAGUCAAUGUCCAUGGGGACUCACCUCUACACAUCGCUGCCAGGGAGAACCAACUGGAAUGUGUGACGUGAGUAGUACACCAGUCUCUGUUCUCCCAGAGCUGCAGCUUGACACCAGGUUGUUCUUGAACAAUAGCCUAUCCCACCUGGAUAAGUAGAUAGAUUAUCAUAAGCGCACUAACCUGCAAUGAGCCCAGUUUUUUAUAUAUAUACAACACAUCAUAGAUACACACAUCCAGAGACUGUGACUGCUCUAGCCUGGCCAUUGGGUGGCAGUCAUACUGCUGAACCAUAGCCAUGCUGGGGGUGUAAGAGAUCCUAACCACAUCCAGUAUGAUGUCUGCUCCUCCAGACUGCUUCUGUCCCAAGGAGCAGACGUGAACCUGAAGAACAGAGAGGGGGAGACCCCUCUGGACUGCUGUAUCUACAACUCUAAGGUGUGGGUGUCCCUGAACACCAAUAAGAAGCUGACAGAUGCCAGGAGAAGCAGGGACAGUCAUAGAGAGAAGGUCCUUUGCAGGUAGAACAGCAUGGUCUAGCUUACAGAGGAAAGAGGGAAUAUGAAGGGGUCUAAUACAUUGUAAUUAUUGUAGAUGUGUUGAUUAUUUGUCCUCCUCUCUGUCCUCUUCAGGGACAUCUCUCGGGGGUAUGAGGCAGUCCCCAUCACCUGUGUGAACGGGGUGGACAGUGACUCCUGUCCUGAUAACUACAAAUACGUCCCUGACAGUUGUGUCACCUCCCCAAUUAAUAUAGACAAAGACAUCACUCACUUACAGGUGAACCUCCAGUGCUCUGUGAAACACAGUCAAUGUCCAAUCCCAUCUUGUUCUGCUUCAUAAGUUACUGUGGGCCAGAACAAGUGACAUACUUACUCUCGACAAGUGUUGUUUAAUAAAGAUCUCACUCUCCUCCUAUUUCAGCAUUGUGUAUGUACAGAUGACUGCUCUUCAAAUACCUGCAUGUGUGCCCAGCUCAGCCUGCGCUGUUGGUAUGACAAAGUAAGUACAUAACUACAUCAAGGCAAAGUUCACAUUAGAAGGCGAAGUUCACAUUACAAGGGAAAGUUAUUGCUUUCAUGUAUUUCAAAUGGACGUUAUGGACUCUCGCAGCUCCCAUAUGUGAUGUGUUACCUGUGUUGGUUGCUCAGGAAGGGCGUCUGCCUCUGGAGUUCUGUCAGAAGGAGCCUCCGGUCCUGUUUGAGUGUAACCACGCCUGCUCCUGUUGGAGGAGCUGCAGGAACCGUGUGGUUCAGAAUGGACUUAGGUAACAGAUCCUCCCUAACCCACCAGCAUCUAAUGUCUACCUUUCUGUUGAAUACAGUAUUUCAGCCAAGCACGAUAACAUUAGUUUCUCUGUACACUUGAUCAAAUAUGGCUUCAGUGUGACACUGCACAGUCAUAUCUGACAAUUGUAUUUUUGUCUAUUUCCUGUACAGUAUUUAUCAGUUAGUUGGACUGGAUCUUCUCUUCUCUGUUUUCAGGGCUCGGCUGCAGCUCUAUAAAACCCAGAGGAUGGGCUGGGGUGUGAGGGCACUGCAGGAUAUUCCUCAAGGAACUUUCAUUUGCGAGUGAGGCCCUGAAUGUUAUGGAAGACAUGCUUGAAUUGAAGUGUUUGGAAAAGUGCCCAACCAUAACUAUAAAAAUGUCUUGUUUUAUUGUAGUUUCAGAAUCAGGAAGAACACUUACGAUUUAUGUUUUAUGGUAUACAAAUGACAUGAGCCAAUAUUGAUGUCAUGAACAGAUAAUGUUAAAACAGGAAGUAUGUUUUUCACUUCAUUUUAAUGUUGUGGUUACACAGAUUAUAUACAGCAGGCUUGCUCUUUAUUGUGCAGGUAUGUGGGUGAAAUCAUUACUGAUGCAGAGGCAGAUGGCAGGGAAAAUGACUCAUUCCUCUUCACCCUGGACAAUAAGGUGAUUUUUAAAUUACGUCUAUGAGAAACUCACAUUUUUAUUGGCCAAUGGCGUAUUCUGAAGUUGACAGUAGUAUUGUUACUGUGGCAUAAUGUUUGUACAGUACUUUUGUAUACCAAUGGGAGGUGCCGCAGAGAACACAAUGCCACAGAGUCCGAGACAACAUUAUUUUCAUACAUGUUCCUCUUACAACACUUCUCUACUGCAUUCGCUCAUAGUUUGCUUGAUGGCUAUUUGUUACACUAAAGCAUAUUGAAACUUGUACAAUUUAAUGACUGUCUAUGCUACUGCCUCACAGGAGGGAUCAACAUGACAGCCUUAACUAAUGUGUGAUUCUAUUCAAUUAUUUUAGUGAGUGAUUGCUUCGUCUACUGUCUUGCAGGUGGGUGAUGUGCACUGUAUUGAUGCGCGACUCUUUGGCAACAUCGGCAGGUUUAUUAACCACCUGUGUGAACCUAACCUGCUAGCAGUCCGAGUGUUCACUAUGCAUCAGGACUUGCGGUUCCCACGCAUUGCCUUCUUCUCCAGCAAGCCCAUUCAGUCAGGCGAUCAGAUUGGGUGAGACGCAUAAAACAAUUAUUAUUUUCUAUGUUUUAUUAAUGUUAGGCUAUAGAAUCAAUCAACAUACUCAAGGAAUAGGUUCCAGUACAUGUGCAUUGAUGGCUACCCUGUGUUCCCCAUUCAGGUUUGACUACGGUGAUCACUUCUGGAAGGUCAAGAGCAAGUAUUACAGCUGCCAGUGCUGCUCUCCAAAGUGUAGACACUCAUCAGCCGCCAUAGCCCAGAACUUAGAGAGGGUGGCCAGCCCAGCCCCAGCCCAACAGUCAGGUGCUCAUACUGCCCAAACACAAUCAUAACACCCCCAUGCCACCUCUGUCCUCCCCCAGCCAUCGUGGGGGUCUCUCACUCUCCCUGAUCACCACUAUGACUCCUUUUUUAAAUGUAGACUGAUAUUAAAUGUCAUUUUAAUGGAUUUGCAGACAGAAAUCAAAUGCUAUGGGUAGCCUAGCCCUAGACUGUGACAAAUGCUCACCUUUUCCAUGUAUCUGUUUUUAUUAAGUGCUC